AUGCACGCCGAGGAUAUUGACCCCGCGACUUUCUCCCUCCGCCCGGAGCAUAGGCAAAAAUUUCGUCCCAAUGAUAUUCGGCCAAUUGUUCGCUCCAUCAUUGAGUCGCGGCUUGAGAACGAACCGUACAGGGCGGACGAAAUUCAAAGUAUUAGUAAAGAAAUCGCCGAUACGGUACGGGAUAGAAUUCGUACCAUGGAUCUGGAGCGAUACAAAAUCAUGGUGCACUGCAUGAUUGGAGAGCAGCGCGGACAAGGGCUGCGUGCGGGGUGCAAAAUGUUUUGGGACUCCGACACGGACGAUUACUUUGAGGAGGUAUACAUUAACGAAUACCUUUUUGCCGUCGUGACGGUGUUUGGGCUGUACCAGUACUAA